AUUUGAAACAGUGUCUUACCCUUAGUUAGGCGUACUCGUGCUGUACAUAUGCAAACACCCGGCUUACGGUUUACAGUGGAUAUUUUUGGGAUUUUUUCUUCUGCCAUAUGUUCGACUUGAAGUAUACGGCCGAAUGUAUCCCUUCUUGGGGAUUGGUGCCAGGACCUACUGGCGGUAGCACAGCAGAAGUCUAGGCGGAUACGAUAACCCUCAUUUGUCAACACGCCUUGGAAGGACAGGCUCAAUCUAUACAGGACAAGUAAUACGAUAUUAGUCGAGGCUAAAAGAAAGGUACACUAGAUUUAUCAUAAGAAUGUAGGGAUUUCUCCUUCAUCUCAAGGAGAUGAACUAAGUAACCUUGAGAUGACAGAGAAUUACUAACCAAACCUGUUGCACUACUAUUCCAAGCUCAGCCAACCCUUGUCACACUCAACACAAUGAAGCGAGGCAGCUAAACCAAUUCAUCAAGCCGUGGAGACUAACCGGAUGUAAGAUGCCUACCAAAUAACGCGACAGCUGUCACUACAAUGAACGAACACUAUACGAGCAACCUCGCUACUCGAAUUCGUGAUGGAGCAUCCCUGGAGCAGGUGAAGAAGUUUAUCGAGAAUGCUGAGAAUAAGAACGAAUGUGUUACCGCAAAAACUUUACGUGAUGAAACUGCUCUCCACAUAGCAGCCAGAGAAGGGGAUGUCAACAUUCUUCGUCUGCUUAUCGACAAUGCUGAGGAUAAGAACAAAUAUGUCACUGCAAAAAAUUGGACUCAUCAAACUGCCCUCCAUAUAGCAGUUGAGUUCUGCCAUGCUGACAUGGUUCGUCUACUUAUCGAGAAUGCUGAUGACAAGGACAAAUAUGUCACUGCAGGAGGUCGGUACAAUGAAACUGCCCUUCACCUAGCAGCUGAAAAAGGAGACGUCGACACAGUUUGUCUGCUUCUCGAAAAUGCUAAUGAUAAGAACGAAUAUGUCACCGCAAGAACGUCAUAUAAUGCAACUGCCCUCCAUUUAGCAGCUAAAAGGGGAGACGUUGAUACGGUCCGUCAGCUUCUCGAUGUUGCUGAGGACAAGAGAGAAUAUAUCAGCGCAAGGGAUCAGCGUGGUAAAACUGCCUUCCUUAUCGCAGUCGCUGCUGACAACGGGGGCACUGUUUCAUUUCUCUUGGAAAAUGGAGCAAAAGUAACGGAAGAAGGCUGGGGUGAGGAAACAGUAUGGGAUCUCGCAGUUCCUGAAAAGGGAAAUGAAGGGGAAGUCAUUGCUGAUUUUAUUCUUCGAGAAGAAGUUGAGAAUCAACGUGUGAAACAGCUCCGUUGGGGUUUUGGUAAAUGGGAGACAAUAGAUGGCAAUAGUAUGGCCCUGAUAAAUAUGCUCCUCGGUCUUAUCGCUCGCCUCAUAUCACAGGAAUGCCCCGGAAACCGUGACGAAGGCACCAAAAAGUCCAUACCAACCCUCAUGUGCAUCCUCGGCCAAGUUCGUCGAGAAUUCCACGAAAGCCAGGAGGCACCCCAGCACUUGAGAUACAGAGAACCUUUGUGCAUUUUUCAAACUUUGAAAUAUUCAGAAUGUAAACAAGUUGGUUCCAAAGAUUUCGUUUCCCUUGUGUUGCCUUUCAUUUUCAUCGAUGAGUUGUUGACCAUAGAAGAGAGGAAGACAAGUCGUAUCAACGUUAAAUCACUAAAGUAUUGCAAUAGCGAAACCGGAAAAUGGCUCGAGAAUCAUAUUGCGCAUACAUUAGAUGAGUACUGCCAUCCAGCGUUGCCCCAAGAUGUUCUUGAGUUCCGCAACCAUGACCAGGUACUAAGUCGUCACGAAAAGAAGAGACAACAAAGGGGAAAUGCUACACAAACACUGCCCAACGAUAUCGAUGGAGGACACCCCUUCGAGUUUCUAGGUGAGCUAUGGAUUUUUGCAUGGGCAUAUCUCCGUAAGCUUGGUUAUUUGAUAGAUCUAGGAACGUGGAAAAUGCCCGAGGGUCACCGGCAAAAGAGGACGGUAGCCAACAAGGAUCUAUCACCAACAAGUGCAGUCUUCAUCCACCAAACUUGGAUUUGGAAAAUUGACAACCGUGUGAUCGCAACCCUACCGCUGGAAAUGAAAUAUGAUUUACAUUCCAAGGGGAUAUUUGAGAAAGAUGGGCAUGUAGGUAUCGCAUUUGUUCUUAUGUAUCUUGUGGAACUCUUCGAUAAACCCUCAGGCAGGACACACACAUCGCUCCUCAAAAUAUACGAGAAUGAGUUGUCCAUCAUAUCGGAGGAGGUCAAUUGGUACAUGAAGAGUGUGCUUGUUGAGGACAUUGACAUCGACCAGGAAAAGGCUUUUUUCCACGAGAUCAGCGACCUUCGCGAAGAGCUUUCGAUGAUAAAAUCGGUACUCGCGGAGCAGGAGGAAGUGUGGGAGGAAUUCAUGAGCACGGCGUGGCCUCAUCAGGAGCAGCGUCAGCAGCAAGGUUAUCAAUCAUAUGCGAAAGAAACCGAACGUGGCGUGCCACAAAUUCCAGGCGGUUUUAAGAAUGAAGCAGAAUGGAACGCGGUCUGGCGGCCUCGAGUAUUAUUCAACAAAUACCGGCGACGAAUUGCGAAACUGGAAGAAGAUGCCGAGAGGGUGGAGCGAAAUAUUUCGACUCAGUUGGACCUAAAACAAAAGCACGCAGCCUUGAAAGAAGCCCACUCUACAGCUAUCGCGGGCGCGAUGGUAUUUGGCUUCACGAUCGUCACAGUCAUAUUUGCCCCCUUGUCGUUUGUUGCCGCACUCUUCGCACUCCCCAUAGACAAGUUCAAUGAAGGGAAAGCUGGAAACCAGCAGGAAGGUGUUUACUCAUCUAAUUAUGUUGGAAAAUGGAGUGCGGCUACCGUACUGAUCUCAGUUGCUGUGACUCUACUAGCGAUGUGGGCUGGGUUGCAGUUCGCAGGUCUCCACGUUUGGGGAAAGAAAGGGCUGCGAGCAUACAUUAGACAAAAAGCAAAUGCCAUCCUCGCAGAAGAAAGAAACGCGGGAGAGAAGAGCACGGUAGUUGAGGACAGGGGAUAUGAGGACACAGACAAGGACAUGGAAGAUGAGGAUACAGAGGAGGGGAGCACGCAAGAGAGGAAUAAAGAAGAGGGGGAGCGAGAGGGAUCAGUUGGGUAUAGGGCUAAGUCAAAGAGGCUUAUGGAAAGAUGGGGUACCCUUUUCAAAGGCAACAAGACCGCUGAUGUUGAGCGAGGGUAUCUAAAAACCUAAGAAGGUAUCGACGCGACACAGAGUGCCACUAUGAGGCUAUUAUAUAGGUAACCUAACCCAACUGAUGGGCUCGCUUCUACUUCAAUCGAUGUCUCUCCUUCGAUUGUGAAGAACUUCUUUCAUAAAGAGCUGUGCUAAUCCUAAAGUGUCCCUGGAAUAACUGUUCUGACCAGCCCAAUGACAAG